AUGGCAUGAAAAUGUUGGGUAAGAUGAAGAUCGAUUUACCUGACCCUCAACGUGGUAAGAAUCGCCUGGUAGAGUUCACUUUAACUUUCGGUACCAUGGAAGUUAAGGCGACAGCUAUUAACAAACGGACUGGUCAAACAUACGAGAGCAGCUUCAUCCUAGAGUUUUGA